CUCCGCCUGUUGAGGUGGAGGGGAGGGGGAUUAGGAAGAAGCGGUAGGAAUUCCUCGAAAGGGAGUAAAGUGCCUAAUAUUCAGGAGGAGGUGCCAUUUAAAAGAAUUGCCUUACUCAGUGUUGGGGCGAAAACACUUUUCUUUUUGCGCUUUGACAAGUCCAUUCAGGUAGACGUGUUUGAGAAGUUUGUUCGAUUGGGAAAUGGGCUUCGCCAGUACGAACGAUCCGGGGAGAUCGCUUCAAGGAGGCUCCUGCGGCAUGUGGGAAAGAAAUUGAGGGCAGGGGUCUGUGGCCACGUUUUCCACCAAAUUGUCCCUUGUAAAAGGAGAACGGGAAGGAGACAGUGUGAAAGAGAAAGUUUCCUAUCCAAACCUUUCGAUUCAGAAGUAGAGUGUGUGUGUAAGGGAGAGGGGACUCUGCGCUCCAACAUUUCAAAAGAAGCGUUUAGGAUUUGCAAACACCUUUCGUGGGGACUGGGAACACCAGGAGACGCCGAAGAGCAGGUUGGCUGCCCGGAAGGUCCGUGUGAGGGUGCGAGGUAGAUGGUGAGCGGCCCCGGCAGCUGAGGGCAGGUAAGGAGAAAGCCGGGAGCCGCCCGGGACUCUGGGAAUGCGUCGGUUGUUCUUGCCUCCCCGUCCUCAAACGGGUCCCCGCUUCCCAGGUCCCCGGCACGUGGGCGGGGCUGGGAGGCGACCUGGCUCCCCUCUUGCUGCGCUGAGGACCCCGGAGCUCUGCUGCGGCCCCGCGCCCCUCCCCCGCCUCCUCCGAAGUAACAGAGCUGAAGUGCUAAGUUUGAAGAAAGUCUGAAAACUCACGCAGCAGCCUAGAUGAGUCGCCGCGGCUGAUUCCCAUUCUCCUUCGGCCCCAGAGCCCAGGCUCUUUCCCUUCUGUCGCCUUCCCUGCAAACUAGGUUCUCCCGGCCCAGGUCCCAUGGGGACGGGAGCGGGAGGCUUCUUUAGCUCUAACUUCUUUCUUUCCCUAAACUCUCUAGCCCGGGUCCCAGGUCUGCUUUGAGUUCCUUGAAGCGGGGUAAAGCGACAGGUCCUCUGGGGUCUCAGUCCUACACCCCCAGCGCCACUUCCUGACCCCUGAUUGUAGCGCCUCAGUUUGGGGGCAGCUGGGGAAGCCAGGCGUCGACCUUCCAGCCCGGGUCAGAGCGAGCUACGCCCCAGAGGCCUAGUUCUCUAGUCUCGAUCGGGUCCUGCGGCCGCGGGUUCAGCUAGUAGGAUAGGCGGGGAGCGCACCGGACCUGCUGCACUGAGGCCUCCCAAAUCCGCCAGACACUUGGGGCGCUGGGCAGGUCACCUUUUAACCCCGGCCGGGACCCCAUUGUCCGCAGCCAGGACCGGCUUGCGUUGACGAAAAACGGCCUGCGGCUGUGGCGAGGCGCCGGUGACCUCGGGCGGCGUCUUAGAACCGCCACCUGUACAGUGACCCUUUCUGGUCGCCUCUGCGGGACCUGGCCUUGAAACUGUGGUCGAGGUGUGGGUGGGAUUCCGGGUAAGCAGUCUUUCAGCGGCUGGGCACAGAGAAGUCAACUGGAAGGGCGGCUGUAGGCUCUAGGGCCGGGACCCAGCCGAGGAGACUUUGGCAGGUCGCACUCUCCCAAGUGGGCAAUGCGUCCUGGAGAGGCUCAGGUGCCGCUAGCCCUCCGCAGUGCCUCACCUGGGCUCUCCGGAGUCUACCUGUGCGUCCCACUUUCAAAGACGUUUGAAACAACGUCUCAUGCUCUGGAUCUCCUGCCGCCUGGGGGCCGAGCAAAUGUUUUCUUGUGCGAUGUGAGGCCCGUUCCCACCCGACCAGAAUUUUGCCUAGUCUUAGCCGACUCUGCGGUUCAGGCUCUGACCUCCCAAGCUUGGCCCUGAUUUUAACCUCUCCUCACUCCUAGUGUCGCCCUAUGAGUGUCUGGCCCAUUCCAAGCCCGAAAAGAGGAGAUCAUGAUCCAACUAUUUUACUUUUCAAAGAAGCUGUGGUCUUUGGGCUAAGGCCUUAUAGAGCCGAGUUGACCGCCCUGUACAGUUCCAUAACCGGCGUCCCCUCCCCAUCCUGUGACUCCUUGCCUCGGACAAGACCAGGAAGCCGUGAUGGCUGGGAGUGACGGUUUCCGUGUGUCUCGUGUCUCCAUAGGCCGGCCCCCAGACGCAACAGAGCUUGAAGGACUGCGCAGUGGGAGCCCCGCACUGCGCCCGGCCCCGGCCCCCUGGAUCCUUCGGGGCGCCUCCACCCAGCUGUUAGCAUGAUGUCUUACCUCAAACAACCCCCAUACGGCAUGAACGGGCUGGGCCUAGCCGGGCCGGCUAUGGACCUCCUACACCCCUCCGUGGGCUAUCCGGCCACCCCGCGGAAGCAGCGACGGGAGCGCACCACCUUUACGCGCUCUCAGCUGGACGUGCUCGAGGCACUCUUCGCCAAGACUCGCUACCCUGACAUCUUCAUGCGCGAGGAGGUGGCGCUGAAGAUCAACCUGCCAGAGUCCAGAGUCCAGGUCUGGUUCAAGAAUCGCCGUGCCAAAUGCCGCCAGCAGCAGCAGAGCGGGAGCGGGACCAAGAGCCGCCCAGCCAAGAAGAAGUCCUCCCCGGUGCGGGAGAGCUCGGGCUCCGAAAGCAGCGGCCAGUUCACGCCGCCUGCUGUGUCCAGUUCCGCCUCGUCCUCCAGCUCCGCAUCGAGCGCUUCGGCCAACCCGGCGGCUGCAGCGGCUGCAGGCCUGGGCGGGAACCCGGCGGUGGCAGUCCCGUCGUCGUUGAGUACGCCGGCUGCCUCGUCCAUCUGGAGUCCGGCUUCCAUCUCGCCCGGCUCAGCGCCCGCUUCCGUGUCGGUGCCCGAGCCUUUGGCCGCGCCUAGCAACGCAUCGUGUAUGCAGCGCUCGGUAGCCGCAGGCGCCGCCUCUGCCGCAGCCUCCUAUCCCAUGUCCUACGGCCAGGGCGGCAGCUAUGGCCAGGGCUACCCCGCGCCCUCCUCUUCCUACUUUGGCGGCGUGGACUGCAGCUCAUAUCUAGCGCCCAUGCACUCGCACCACCACCCGCACCAGCUCAGCCCUAUGGCACCCUCCUCCAUGGCUAGCCACCAUCACCACCAUCCCCACGCGCACCACCCGUUGAGCCAGUCCUCAGGCCACCACCACCACCAUCACCACCACCAUCACCAGGGCUACGGCGGCUCGGGGCUCGCCUUCAACUCUGCCGACUGCUUGGAUUACAAGGAGCCUGGCGCCGCCGCCGCUUCCUCCGCUUGGAAACUCAACUUCAACUCGCCUGACUGUCUGGACUAUAAGGACCAAGCCUCAUGGAGGUUUCAGGUCUUGUGAGCCCAGGAGUGGGAGGAAGAGAAGAAGAAACGCAACUACCUGCGCCCUCCGUGGUCCCCGUCCAGUUGUUGCUGCUGCUGCUGCUGCACUGCCCGCCUUUGCCUCGGCUUUUCCAGACCUGAAAUUUCAUGCUCCCAAAAGAUGCCCAUUGCUGCACUGCCGCCCUCAUCUUUGUGCCACUUGCUUGGGGGAUGUGCAAACCCUGCCCACCCCUUGGAAGAGGGGACCGGUGCUUCGGCUUGGCCCACAAGUUCUAUAUGGGAGAGCUGUGUGCUCCCCUCCUCAACCCCUAACGAACUCCUAAGUCACCAUCUUCUAGUCUUUCUGGACAGUUAUUAUGCGCUUGCAGCCUUCGGAGGCUCUUCGCUCUGACUUGCUGUUUGAGCCCUACACUUUAAUUUAUUCUUUCUGGACACUGGAGUCACUAACUGGCAUGUGUCUGCCUGUUGGAGUGCACCCAUACUCUACUCCAAAUCAAAACAACCACUAAGCGUUUCUCGCGUGCAGACUGCCGCCCCUUCAGCUGCCCUAAGCCCCGCUCCCCGCCUGCAGACCAGAGCUUCCCGGCGUUUCCUCCUCCCCAGCCGGAUGCGCUGGGACGAGGCCCGGAGGGAGGAGCGCACCCAUAGCCUCUCGCGCACAGCCCCGCCCUGCGUAGAACUGGCUCAGUCUUCCGCUUCGGCGGGAAUGCUGUAUAUAGUCAGGUCCGUUCCAGGGACCACUUAAACUUUUUAGUUGCUGUUGGUUGAACUGAGCAUAUCUCGUCUUAGAGUCCAAGAAAUAGAACUUUAAGAUAUAUACAGCAUAUAUAUAUACACAUAUAUAUAUAACAAAAGCAAAAAAUAUUUUCCCUCUGUCCCCUUUCCUCUCUUCCUCAAACGAUGGCGCUUUUACUUUUUCAGUUGUUGCAAAGCUUCCCUGCCCUCUCACACCUUCUCCGUCUGUGUAUUUAUUAAAGAGAAUCGUUUGGUUUCAGGAAGCUGCGCGCGGAGGAUCGGGAGGGUCUGGGAGUGUGAAGGCAAGAGCCAAGUCAGGGUACAGGGGAGGGGGCUAGUCUGGGCCGGGGCGCAGGACUGAGCCCUUCACCAGGUCUAAGCACAGGGUCGCAGUUCCAGUUAAGAGAGCAAAACCAAAAGAAAACAAAAAAUAAAAAUAAAAAUACAGCAUUAUGGAAAAACAAACAAACCCAGGCCCCAAACCCCGGUUCCAAUUCCUCUGUCGGCUUCUCUCUCUUUAAACAACCCUGUUUUGUCUAGUGAGUUUUUAGUGCACCUUCAUUCUCCGAAAUCUGCGGAGGACCCACGCCUGUAUAUCAGUUUUGGCUUUGGCCUUUUCGUCCAGUAGGUGGGAAAGUAAUUUGUAAAUUUGAUUUGUCCGAUGUGAAGAUCGCAAAUUACUUGUUGAAAUGUAAGGCAGUCCCCUUCCGCCCCCUUUAUCUACAUUAUUUCCCGAAAAUAAAUGCAAAUUAAUGAA